UUGAAAAUAGCACAACAAAACAUUGCCGGCGCUUAAACCAUUUAAAUCGUUUUAAAACAUAAAUAAUUAUAUUAAGUUUUAAAAUUACUUACUAGUAAAAUGAGAAAACGGCUUUUAUAUGAGGAUGUUUACGAACAUGAAAAAAAAUACUACGAGGAAAAAGCUAAUAAUGCUAAUUUUAAGCCUGCAGCCCAAUUACAAUACAUGAAAAACCCUACGCAAACUUCAUUAUUUGCAAAAAAUCGCAAAAAACCAGUUUCAGCGAAUGAUGAAAUUAAAAAUGAGUUCAUGUCCAAGAAAGACUUGAUAGGCGAUAUACAAGAGAAAACUAUACCCGAAAUAGCCAAAACUAAGGAAAUGUUAUGCGGAAUUCGUGAAAAUACUGUAACUGACUAUGCGAAUAAAAAGACACAAAACAACUUAGAGAACGUGCUGCUAAAAGAUAUUGUUGAGAGACCGAGUGUGCCCCCAAAUCUGCCAAAUGUUCAUACCAAAACACCAACACCAGUAGCAUUACCUUUUCCAACAGUUGUUAGUGCACCCGCAAAUUCACAAACUGGCAAAAGUCUCUUUGCAAUUGCUAUGGACCGAAGAGCAGUUAAAUUAGAAGCACCGACAGUAAGCACAAGUACUGACAUUAAAACCGAAGAGCCAAUGGAUUGCAUUCCGAUUGAACAUAGCAAUAGGCCAGCAGAAAAAUCUAUAGAAGAUAUGAAAAUAGAAGUGCAUUCAGAAAACUUGAAAUUAAUAACGGAUAUGGACGAUGAUAAAAUAAUGGAAGAAAGGAGACAACUUUUAAAAGAUUUGGAUCCUUCGACAAUUGAAUUUAUAAAAAAUAUGCGCAAGAGAAAAACGUCAGCAAUAACUAAAGUUGAAAAUAACCCAAUUAGUGAAUCAAAAGAUAUACAAGACACUAACCCCACCACAACGACACCUACAUUAUCGCUACUUCCAGAUGAGUGUCCAGCAGUUGAGUUAUUAGAACAAAGUACUGCUGAGAAUUGGAUAAAUUUUGAUGUGAUUGAAAAAGAAAAAUUGGAAUGGAUGCGUGAAAUACCUAUGAAAGCAGCAAAAUUAAAGUCUGGCGAAAAAUUUGAAGCCCGUUUUGAUUUUGCAGGUGUGCUGCUGCCUUACAGUCUCAAUGAGACCGUAAACACUGAUAACCAACAGCCAUAUGAGCGUGAGCUAUAUUUACACACUGAAGAUCCGCAUCGUCCUGGUUAUGCAUUACAGGAAUUAUUUCGCUUAGCACGCUCAUUUUUAGUGCCGCAACGCAUUUACGGAUAUAAAGCCAUUGCUGGCAUACUUCGACUAUAUAAUCAAGGCUUUUACGAUCAAGUGCUGCAGUUGCCUUUGUCGAAAAUAUUUUUUCUAUUACGUUUAGGCUUGGAUGAUUUACAACCCGCUUUGACGGAAGUUGUAUCGAAGGGUUUAGCUUAUCUCUUCUAUAAUGAAAUUGAUGAGGCUUUAUUAGAUUACAUUUAUGAUAAUCCGUACUGUUACUGGCAACCUACUUUGCAAGUUAUAUCUACUGAAGUGUCGGAAGAAACUGAUUCAGUGGAAGAUUUACAAAAACAAAUGCAGCAGUUACAAGUUAAGCAAGCGUAUGGAGACAAGCAUACAACUAUAGAUGCAAAUAUAGAGGAAACAGAGCAAGAGAGCAAAACGUCUAUGAGUGAUUUUCAUUUAGCUGAAGUGGAUCUAGUAGAUUGCUUACUGCGUUCCAACAUCUUACAAAGAAUUUAUUUUAUCUUACAAAAGCAACGUCCUGAAAAUAGUGCUGUAAUAUCCUGCCUGAAACUACUGAUACGUUUAGCACGUACUGACAAUGAAAUCGCUAUAAGAAUAGUUAAUAACGAUAAUUUGUUACGUUGUCUCUUUGAUAACUUUUUACCUAGCUUGGAGAAUGUUGAUACCAUGACAAGAACACCUACAUAUUAUAAUUAUCCUCAACAUCUUGUGCUGAAACUGAUACGUGUCUUAAUAUCUCAAAGUCUGCCAAUUGCGAUCAAAUUUGUAAAUUUAAAUAUUGUGGAUAAGUUGCUAAAUUAUAUAUGCAGCUGUGAUGAUAUCAGGGGUGCUUUAGUUCAUGUGCAAACAGAAAGCUUACGGGUUUUACGUUGCCUCUUGUUAUUGAACGUGGAUAAUGGACAAUUCUACAAAAAAUUCUUACACGCCUUUCGCUACAUGCUUCACUGGCAUUUCAAUCAUGUCACUUAUGAGGAAGGCGGUUCCUUUCUUAUUAGACAGCAUGCAACAGCGUUAUUAGCUACUAUAACCAGUGGUCCCUCCAAUCAAGAAGCACAUGAUGUACUUAGCGAGACAUUACUUAAUUGUUGUUGCAAAUGGUUUCAUCGAGCCACAAUUCAUGGAAUCAAGGAGUUUACACAAGCAACAUUGCUCUCUGCCUGUCUAAAUGCCGUUACCUGGUAUUGUCGCGCUAGUUCAUCUGUACGUUUUCGAACAUUUCUCGAUAAAUAUUUACCAGAUUUUGUAGCUUCAAAAAGUUUUAUGGAACUCAUACUUUCGUUACGUCAUUCAUCUAUAAUUUUACGCAGUUCGACAGAUCGUCGUUGGGUGCAUCCACCUUUACCAAAUGUGGGCGCAGUAGUAAUGAAUUCAUAUGGUCCACAACUGAUUCUAUCGCAACAGUAUUCUAUAUAUUUAUUAACCACUCUAUGGCGUUUAAUUGAAUUGCAGUUCAAGCAUAACGAUAAAAGCGUUUAUAAUGUUAUAUUCAAACCUGCUAUCAUGGAACCAUUGGUGGAAUAUAUGAAAGCUUUCAUGACCAAAACUAAUCAGUUUUUAGCUACAAACUUUUUUGCUAAAAUAGAAAUUAAGUUUAUAUGUAAAUUACUUGCUUUUGAAGGCAUUGACACUUAUCUCACGAAACAAGAAAUGAUGUUGAUAGCUUAUAAUCUAUGUUGCUGUCUCACAGCUGACCAUAUAGAGGAAAUAGAAGAACUAUUUGAAAAAGUGAUUUUCAAUUCAGCAUACCAUAAUGUUGAUCCAGAACUUUUAAACAAAUGGCGCCAAUUCUAUCUUGAAUUAGUUUAUCCUCAUUAUAUCUUUGUGUCCUCUACUGAACUUACGCUAUCGAUGCGAGCGAGUCAACCACAAAUUCUAAAUACCGAUUGGCCAUAUCACCCACUAAAAAGGAUAUUAAAAUAUGCACUUAAUAUGCAGACGGUAAAACCUACUGCAUUUCCUUCCGAAAUCUCAACUAUAAUUAAUACACUCAGUUUUAUAGAUAAUCUUGAAAAGUUUUAUCCAAACAUACAUAUAGUUUCUCCCACGGAAAAGUUACUGUAUCUUAUGAUAACCUUUCUGGGUCCCCAAUGCGAAUUUAACGAUCACGAAGUAAAAGAAGUGCAACGCAUGCACAUAUUACGAUUAUAUGAACAAUGUAAAGACUACAAUUUUCAAUUUGAAACGAAAUUUAAAGAUAAAUGUAAAUUUGAAAACCUCUACUUAAUAUUUGUGGAUCACUUUUCGGCUGUCAGUAAUGGAAAUGAAUUAUUUACCUCACUACUCUUUGUGCCUUUGGCGCAAAAAUAUGAUAAAAAGUAUCGUUGCAGAGUGUGGUCAGAUAAUUUGUCAGCUUUAGUAUUUGCAAAUUGCGAUGAAAACAUGCUUCUUGGAGGUUUAAACGCAUAUGUGGAACCACAUGAUAAAGAUGAAAGCCUAUUAGAUUCUUAUAUGUUUGCAAUACGAACUCAGGCGAUAAGACGAGGUACAAUCCCUUUUAAAAUAGCAGUACGUCAAUUACGCAAAGCGAAAAAGAUUUAAUAUUAAAUAAUUUAAUCUAUAAGCAAAUUUUAUAAUAUUGUUUAAUAGAAAAAUUAAA